AGGGGAUUAAAGUAACAACGGAAGAUAAGUGAUCGCCAUGCAACUCCUUGCAAGAACGCUCGCGGCACUGACCCUCGGCUGUACGCUACGAAGUGCCAGCAGCGAGGUCUUCUUAGCGCCCGAGCACGACCUCCUCUCGGCCCUCGCCUGGUCUUCGCUGGACUUCAGUGACGUGGCGCCCCUCCAGCCCCGAAGUCUGUUGAGGUCGGAGCGUCACGUGGACAGCAUCAACAACAGCACCGCCCUCGUUGCCAAAUCGAGGAAGAGACGAACGAUUACUCUGCACCCGAAGGAAUUUUACGUGGGGCUGGAGUACCGGUUCAAGCUCCCUCUCUUCCAAGUGUACGAGUCGACUGCCUUCUUCCUCGAGGUUCCCAUCGACUUCCACAACGAGCUGCACGGAGUUGUCGACACCGGGAGAUCGUGGGACCUGAUCAAGCCGCUGCUGGAGAAUGCCGAGGCGCUGGUUUCCCUGCUGGGCGUGGACGGGGGCGCUUGUCUCCGGCGGGCGGUGUGCGAACUGGCCUCGGCGCCCUCAAUCCGCCCACACGGUUUCAUCGGCGAAGUCAUCCAGAUCUUUGUCAAAGAUUUAAUUAAAGCUGAAUACCGGAUUAAAAGCAUGGAGAACGAAAUCGACACUCUACACGGGAAAUACAUGGAAGCUGGCAGACACGGCAAAGAAAAAGGAGAGUGUUGGAAAGCGUUCCCAGAAUGCACUGUUUCAUGCCGUAAUUACGGAAUCUUUAAUGGCUUAGAACUUGUGUCUUAA